ACAUCAAAUGGUUCAUUCUGACUGCAAACUUCAUGUGUGUGUCAAAUGUGUUAAAAUCUUUGCUAACAAAUCAGGAAUUUUUCACCUGGAAUAGUUAAUCAUUUUGGGAUGUCAAUACCAACAUGCAACUUACAAGAGCACACAUACUAAGAAUGUCAUCAGAGAACAGCAGAGACUUCUCUUUGCUGUAACUCCGAAGGAUUUCUGGGAAAUGUAGUGCUUGCGUUUGUGACGUCACAAGAAGCCGUCCAGGAAAUCUCAUUCCUGCUUAUGUCUCCACAUGUAUCUCUUCCUGGAAGUUAGAUCAUUUUGACUUUCAUCACUGUCCUCGUAGUCUUUGGUUUUUUGUCUGACUCUGACAAGUCCUCUCUGAGGGAAACCAGCAGGAGAUGCAAGAGUUCUCGUCACAUCUCUCUGUCCUUUCAGUUGUUCUAAGCCUUCCUCCAAGGCCAGCCUCUGUUCAAGGGCCGUUCCGUCUCCACCUCCCAGUCAUGGAAAUGCUCUCUUUCUUGGAUGUGGCCAUCGAGUUCUCUCCAGAAGAGAGGGAAUGUCUGGAGCCUGCUCAGUGGAAUCUGUACAGGGAUGUGAUGCUGGAGAAUUACAGCCACCUUGAGUUCCUGGGUCUUGCUGUCCCUAAGCCACACUUGGUGACUUUUCUGGAGCAAAGACCAGAUCCUGCAGAUGGGAAGAGACAAGCAGCAGCCACGGUGCACCCAGGAACAAAACCCAAUGAUCACAGCAGUUACAACAAGGCCAUUGAUUGUAACUCACUACAGAUUCAAUGUCAGAGAAUUCAUACAAGGGAGAAACCUUACAAGUGUGAAGAAUGUGGUAAGGGCCUUAGUUCUUAUAAAACACUUUCUAUACACCAGAGACUUCACACUGGAGAAAAACCCUACCCCUGCAAAGAAUGUCACAAGGCCUUCAAUACUCGCUCAUCCCUUUUUAUACACCAGAAAAGUCAUACUAAUGAGAAAUCCUACAAGUGUGAAGACUGUGGCAGAUCAUUUUAUUAUUCUUCAAUGCUUAAGCAACAUCAAAGGAUUCAUUUGAGAGAUAGCCAACACAAGUGCAAAGAAUGUGGCAAGUGUUUUUUCUCAUUGUCAUGCCUUAGACAACAUCAAGCAAGAUAUACUAGAAAGAAAUCAUACAAGUGUGAAGAGUGUGGCAAAUGUUUUUACUCCCUUUCAUCCCUUCGGCAACAUCAAGCAAUUCAUUCUGAAGACAGUCCCUAUAAGUGUGCAGAGUGUGGCAAAACUCUUUCCAGUUUUAAAUUACUACAAAAACAUCAGAUAGUUCAUACUGGAAAGAAAUCAUACAAGUGUGAGAAGUGUGCCAAAUGUUUUUACUCCCGUUCAUCCCUUCGGCGACAUAAAGCAAUUCAUUCUGAAGACAGUCCCUUUAAGUGUGCAGAGUGUGGCAAAACGUUCUCCAGUUUUACAUACUUUCAAGAUCAUCAGACAAUUCAUACUGGAAAGAAAUCAUACAAGUGUGAAGAGUGUGGCAAAUGUUUUUAUUUAUCCUCGUCCCUUCGGCGACAUAAAGCAAUUCAUUCUGAAGACAGUCCCUUUAAGUGUGCAAAGUGUGGCAAAACAUUCUCCAGUUUUACAUACUUUCAAGAUCAUCAGACAAUUCAUACUGGAAAGAAAUCAUACAUGUGUGAAGAGUGUGGCAGAUGUUUCCACUUAUCUUCAUCCCUUCGGCGACAUCAAACAAUUCACUGUGAAGACAAUCCCUACAAUUGUGAGGACUGUGGCAGAAGGUUUAAGUCUUCUUUAUUCCUUAAACAACAUCAAACCAUCUAUUCAGCAGACAGUCCUUCUGCCCCUGUACAUUGUAGCAAAUGGUUUUCCUAUUCUGGGGAUCUUCAGGAUCACCAAAUAGUUCAUACUGGAGAGAAACCCUUCAAGUGUGAAGAAUGUCACAAGGCCUUUCAAUGUCCCUUAUCCCUUAGUAGACACAAGAGAGUUCAUACUAGAGAGAAACCCUACAAGUGUGAAGAAUGUCACCAAGCCUUUCUUUGUCCCUCAUCCCUUAGUAGACACAAGAGAGUUCAUACUGGAGAGAAUCCCUACAAGUGUGAAGAAUGUCACAAAGCCUUUCGUUAUCACUCAUCCCUUAAGGCACACAGGAGAGUUCACACUGGAGAGAAACCCUUCAAGUGUGAAGAGUGUCACAAAGCCUUUAAUUGUCCCUCAGCUUUUAGGACACACAAGAGAGUUCACACUGGAGAGAAACCCUAUAAGUGUGAAGAAUGUGGCAGGUGCUUUUCCUCAUCUUCAAACCUUAGACGACAUAAAAAAGGAAAAAUUCAUUCUGAAGAGACCCCAUAAAAUUGUGGGGAAUGUUGUAAUUCUUAAUAUCAUUAUUCAACAUGAUAUAUUUAACACCAGAGAGAAAUCCAACAAAUGUCUUUAAAAGUUUUCAUCCUCAAACUUUAAAACACAUCAUAUGAUUCAUUCUGACUGCAAAUGUCAUGUGUGAUGUAGGAUUCCCCUCUGUAAGCUGUGAAUAUGUCUUAUUACCAUUGGUUAAUAAAGAAGCUGCAUCAGCCAAUAGCUUUGCAGAGUAAAGUCAGGCAGGAAAUACAAACAGAGAUAAAGAGAGAGAGUAGGAAGAGUCAGAGAGAUGCCAUGUAGUUGUCAAAGGAGACAGAUGCCAGAACCUACUGCUAAACCACAGUCUCAGGGAGAUACUCAGAUUAAUAGAAAUGGGUUAAUUUAAGAUGUAAGAGUUACUUAAUAAGAAGCUUGAGCUAAUUGGCAAUGGAGUGUUUUAAUUAAUAUGGUUUCUGUGUGAUUAUAUGGGUCUGGGAGGCCAGGAAUCAUAACAGUCUCCAGUUACACAUGAGUGUGUGAAGUAUUGCAAAAAUCGUUCUCAAAAAGUCAGGUAACCCAACCUAGGAACUUCUACUUCUAUCUCUACCUCACUGUGAUGGGGUUCUGAGCUAGCUUGCAAUAAAAA